UCAUGCAAACCUCGAAUCAAGGUCGGCCUUAUCGCUCACAUCUUCGACCUGCCUGCGAUGCCUGUCGUCGCCGCAAGUCUCGAUGCACUACAACAGAAUCUUCAGACGCGUGUCUGAUGUGUCAAGUUCAUGGUUCGCGAUGUGUCUUUGUGGAUGCUGAUCAGUCGCGUCGCCGAAAAGUGCCUGCAUCGCGGAGCCGUGCCACAAGCCAUGCAGAUAACGCUGAGGACAAUGUCAACCCCAACGGUGACUCCUUGACUAUGUCGUUCUCUCAGGAUCUUGAGGUCACAAACACCGUUCAACUCGAUAGUCAAACAUAUAACAACGAUCCAGUAUCAUCAACGAAUUCAGCUGCUCCGCAUGCUCCGGCCAUAGAGAGACCGCUUGAAGAGGUCAGGAUGAGCGCCAUGCUCGCCGAGUCGGGAGACUCUAGCACACACAUCAUCAGUCCUGCAAUAGUCGAUGACAACGAAGAGCUGGACAGCUAUCUGUCCAGUAAUCCGGCGGUCGGUAUACGAAGAAUCACUCGUACUUCCUCAUCGGGUACAGAUAUGGGCCCGCCUUCGAAACGCGUUCUGUUCAACACAGUUCUCAGAAAGCCGCUCGGCAUCAAUGCGAACCAGUCAAUCGCUGCUGCAAAGCUCGAAGUCAUCGAGAAACUUCUCGAGCCACACGUCAUGGACAUAAUUGAUCUGUAUGUCGCUCUGCUUUGCGAAAAAUCCUGCAAACUGCUAACCAGUUUACAGUNNUUCUUUGAGAACGUCAACGUUUGUUUUCCUAUCCUGGACGAGAAUUCCUUUCGACGAACAUACACCGAGCACAAAGAUCGCCUCUCUUCGGCUCUUCUGGCCAACUUGUACGCCAAUGCAGUGUCAUACUGGAACAACUCGCCACGACUGCGCUCUUGCCCACCCCCAGAUCAACGCUACAUAUGGGUGCAGGCCAACGAGGCGCUUCACUCUGAGCUCUUCCUCUCGCCUGGAAUUUCGACCGUCAUAUCUAUUAUUCUGAACGUCCAUGGAAGACCAAGCACUUCAAUGUUCGGUAAUGGAGGAAUGGUGGGCACGGCUGUAGCUCUCUCAAAUUCGCUGGGCCUCAAUCGUGACUGUUCAGCAUGGAAUAUCACUCCGGAAGAGAAGGCUUUCAGAUUUCGUAUCUGGUCGAUCGUCGUGCUAAUGGACCGGUGGACAAGUCUUGCCUAUGGUACGCCGCUGUUGAUCCAUCGUGCUCAAUAUGAUGUGGCUGUACCAAGCAAAGAGCUACUGGCACAAUCUAGAGUGUCCACCACGCAUCAUACCGGUUUGUCUAUUUUCCUGGCCAUGUUGACCCUGACGGAUGUUCUGUCGCGCUACCUUGAGCACGUUUACCAUGUAUCACGCGUUACUACCACCGAUCGAUCACCAGUCUCACCGUUUCAUCUCGAAAUGUUCUUAACGGAUUGGGAAGACACCUUAGAGGACGAUAUACGUCGACUUGUCCUUCGGGGAAACGACCUUGACCGCGCCGGAGCAGCUAACCUCAGACUUUCCUAUCUUGCCGUGAAGCUUCUACUUCGCCGAAUCUUGUGCGACACUGCAAGCUUUCCAUCAGAGCCUGAGAAGGCAGUUCAAGCUCGAUUACAGACCCAAAGAAUAGCUGAAGAGGUAGUUCUACUUGUACAAGAACUGAAACGUCNNCCUCACCUCAGAGGAUUUUGGCUGCCAAUGAACGGCUUCACUCUUACCUCUGCGACUUUGUUCUUGCUCAGAGAUGCAUUGAACGCAACCAACAGAGCCCGCAACACAUCGCUCAAACUGGCCAGAGACAUGAUUGGAUGCCUUCAAAUACAUCGCAACAAUGAAGCUUGGGAUCUGGCAGACGAUUGUUUGGCAAACUGUACAGGUAUGGCCGACAAAAUCGAGGCUGGGCGAAACUUUGAAUCAUCCGGAGCCGUCGAGUCUCAGUAUUUUGUUGAUAACGAUUCACUCAUCUUCAACGAUGCAGUGUUGGGGUUCGCGAGUGCGUUCGAUUUCGACCUUGACAGUUUCCAAUGGAACGACAAUACA